AUGUGGGAUGAGAAAGGGCCUCAAUUUCUCGUGGGUUUCGACCCUUCUUCAAAUUCUGACGCACUGAAGGUUCCCUCUAAAUUCAGAAAACACGUAGAUGGAACAAUUUCAGGGACAGCAUUCUUAUCAGGUCCCAGCGGCAAUACCUGGCAUGCAAAUAUGGUUCAGCAAGAUGGUGAAUUAUUGCUCCAAGAUGGAUGGGCAGACUUUGUUGCGGAUCACAAUUUAGCACGUGGUGAUUCUUUGCUGUUCAGAUAUAAUGGAGAUUUACAUUUCACUGUGCAAAUUUUUGAUGAAAGUUGUUGCGAGAAAGAAUCCGCACUCGAUUCUGUGUGCACUCAAAGCCCAAGUGAAUCGGAAUGUUAUCCAACAAUGAAAAGGGAAAGGGAGAAUUCAGCUCUAUUAGACAACAUCGUCGAAGGGAUUCCAAAGAGAGCAAGAAGUUUCACUGUCCAUCCUGACUGUGAGCCUGAGAAUCUGAAUUUAGCAAUAGUUGUAGCUGACAAGUAUGGAAGAGGGCAAGAUGAUGUUAGUUGUUCUAGUGAGAGAUCAGAAGAUGAGGUUGCUUGUACUUUAAACAACUUUGUCACAGUUGCUGUGCCAUCCACAGGAAGUUCAGGUGGCACAAAAUUUAAUGAAGAUUUGCUGUUGACCGCUCCAGAAGCCGAAAGGGUAGCCCGAUCCUUUACUUCAUCCUUACCUAACUUCACGAAAGUCAUGAAAAGAUUUAACAUCAGUGGUUCUUAUACUCUGAAUGUUCCAUAUCAGUUUGCAACUGCGCACCUUCCAAAAUGCAAAGUGAAGGUUGUGCUUCAUAAUCUAAAUGGAGAAAGCUGGACUAUUAACUCAGUGCCUACUAUAAGAGUGCAAACCUCUCAUACUUUCUGUGGAGGGUGGUUGGGCUUUGUUCGUGAUAACAAUAUAAAUGAGGGAGACUUUUGUAUCUUUGAACUUGUGAAGAAGUGUGAGCUGCGAGUUUACAUUAUAAGGGUGAAAAGGGACGGGAUGGACGAUUAUCGUGAGAAGGAAGUUCAGUUUGAGAAAUCAUGGGCUAAGCUGAAAAAGAUCUCUCGACGCAAAGCUAGGAAAAUUAGUGCAACCUCCCACAACAUAUCUUUGCAUCUAUUUAAAAAAGUUGAUCCAAACAGAGUGAACUGCAUAAAGAGUUCCCAAUCAAGAGAUCACGAGUUAGUGACCUCUGGAAGAACCUCACCUGGAAGCCUGAGUUCUCAUGCCAAGGGCUGUAUCUCCAUGAAGUCUGCACCUGAAGAGAAAUUGGCAGCAGAGUUGUUCCACUCCCAUUUUCCUCAUUUUGUGAAGAUCAUGAAGAAAUUUAAUGUCAGUGGUUCGUACACUCUGAAUAUCCCUUACCAAUUUGCAAUGGAUAACCUUCCAAGCUGCCGAACAGAGAUUGUUCUACGUAAUCUUAAGGGCAAGUGCUGGACAGUAAAUUCUAUCCCAACAGUGAAGGUGCGAACUUUGCACACUUUUUGUGGUGGUUGGAUGUCCUUUGUUCGUGACAAUUACAUUCAAAUGGGCGAUAUAUGCAUUUUUGAGAUGAUAGACAAGAAUGAAAUGCGGGUGCAUAUAUCUCGAUCUGGUGAAAAGGGGCUAGACUCUCCAAAGGAGAUAGCAUCUUCAAAAGCUGUUGGGUCCUUGACUAGCAAGUAG